UGUGUAGUCAGCCGACGCAAAUAGCCCCAGGUCAGCGCUAGACGAGCGGUCAACCGUGACGAGCUACGUCAGUACGGCCGAGACGAGUUUCAACAUGAUGGUUCGGGAAGGAUCGACGUCGUGAACAGAGCUCAGGAGCGUCACGAGGGUUGUAGUCAUCUGACACCCAGAAUGGUCGAGCGACGUUCUGUCCGGUUCUAGAAGGCCAGUAGGGACCCUAUAUAAAGAGCGAAAGUAUCAGAGACGAGUCAGUUACAACUUCCCGAUCUACAGUUCGUUACUAAGGCUCAGUACAAGUCCAAGACGAGACGGAGAGACCAGUGCAAGAGUUGAUGCGACAGCACGGCUAUUAACAGGAGAGAUAUUUGUACAGUCUUGUGUUACGUGCUGCCAAUUGUACAGUAUUGGCUGUUAUUUAUUGACAUUAAACUAUUACGUUACUUUGGAGCCCUGAGUUGUCAAGUUCUUUAAGUUGGUGGUGUAUGGUGCAGUUUGCAGAGAGCCUGCAUAGUGAGAUUCGUAACACUGGUGUCAGAAGUGGGAUCUGUAAUGGCUACCACGAAAACACUAGACCAACUACUUGUGAAUGAACUGAGGCGAGAGCUCCGUGAACGAGGACUGAAGACAAGUGGAAAUAAGGAAACGUUACAAGCACGCCUUCGGGAGGACCUGGUGGAGGAAGAAGCAGACCCGGACACCUAUCUUUUUGAAGUCUUACCAGACAUGGGAGCUGUACUUGAAAAGAUAAGUUCUCGGCAAGAACAGAUGGGAGCUGUGCUCGAAAAUAUGGAUACCAAGAUAGACGCCAUGGAAUCCGGAAUCAAGACCGAGUUAUUGGCUAUGAACCAUCGCAUUCAGGCUGUGGAAGAGAGAAUCACCACCAUUGAUGAACAGGUGAAUCAGAGGGUCGACGCAGUGGAGAAGGCAAUCGAAGAAAUGAAAACGCAAGUUCACUGUAAGCACACUAAUGCACCGGAAACAAGUAUGGCGUCAUUUGUGCCUGAAAGCUCCGGAAAAAUGAAGCCCCCCGUAUUUGAUGGUUCCGUGUCCUGGUCAGUGUACAAGAAGCAAUUUGACGCAGCGGCUAAAGUUAACAAAUGGAACAGCGAGGAGGAGAAAGCCACUGCCCUUGUGUUAUCUCUAAGAGGAAAGGCCUCCGAAUUGCUUCAGUCCUUACCGAACCAGCAAGACCUCGCCGCUCUCGUACAGGCUAUGGAACUCCGAUACGGGGAUGAACAUCUGCAAGAAGUUUAUCGAGUGCAACUGAAGACCCGACAACAGCGCCCCGAUGAAACACUACAGGAGCUAGAGACAGACAUCGAACGCCUCGCACAUCUAGCCUACCCGACCGCCGCACAAGAUUUUCUGGAAGUCAUUAUUACAGACGCUUUCAUUGAUGCCCUUCGAGACCCCGAGUUAAAGAAAGCCACCAGAGUUAGUGGUAAACGUAAGGCCAGUGAGGCCCUCGUAUACGCUCUCUCAUAUGAAGCCGCCAAAGACGCAUCGGGGAGCACUCAUCAAGGCCGAAGGUUAGAAGUCAAAGAGGAAGAGUUCGCACAACUUGUGAGAAGGGUGACAGAGGCACUAGAUGAACGACGAACCAACCAGAUACCAGAAAAUCAACCUAGGUUUCCUGUACGAUGCUGGAAUUGUGGUGAACUCGGUCAUAUACAAAGAAGCUGCACUAGAAGAUUUCCACAAACCGGAAACCAUUACAGAUCAGAAAGGUAUGCACGACCAAGUUCCCGGGGCUACCAGGGAAACUAG